CGCAGCGAUAGGCGUUGUGUUUGCAGCAACACGCGGUUUCGAGAAGCAGUGAAGCCCGUAGCGUUUGGCGGGACUCUCUCCCGGGAAGUCUUUGUUUGGAUCCUGUGUUGAUGGCCAGAUUGAAUUUAAAGGUGAAGGCUCCGUGAGCCCACUAAUCGACCUGCCAGGACACUAACCCGCUCAGCCACACACCACCGAAGCUAACCUAACCCGAUAGAGACCGUUAGCACAGCGCCGUGUCCCCGGUGGCUGUUUGGGGCGGAGGCGCUUUGUGGUGGAUGAUUGUGCUGAUGGUCAUCUAUUUUUGGAUCCGUGCGGAGCGCUGGACGGCAGCCGCCAUUGGUCGCUGUCACUUCAGCCACGGAUGUCUCGUGGUCAUGGCGUAACGACGCCCUUUACCGUGUCCCUGUUAGAAAACGUCGGUCUGUGUGAGAACAGCAGAGAUGUGGUGUCUGAGAAGGAGCUUGGAAACCGUGCUGCUCGUCUUUAAGUAGGACCAAAGGAAGGGUGUAGCUGCUGAGAUAAACCCCCCCAAACAGACCCGCGGGAAUCAUGGGGAGUGUGUUCCUGCCAGCAGAAGCGGCCCACUCGGUCCUGCGGAGGCUGCGCAGGGCCAACUUUUUUCUGGAGGAAAUAAAGCAGGGUAACAUCCAGAGGGAGUGUCGGGAGGAGACCUGCACCUAUGAGGAGGCCCGGGAAGCUUUUGAGAACGAAGAGAAGACGAGGCAGUUCUGGGAAGAAUAUGUGCGUGAAAGCAGUCCGCCUGGAGGCCUGGAGGCGGCGGUGGGCGGGAUCCACUCGCUCUACCUGAUUGUGCCGCUGCUGCUGGUCGUGGUCAUCAUCGCCGGCGUCGCAAUCACUGUGUGGCGCUGCCACUCCCGCAAACGCUCACAGCGCAGCCCCAGCAUGGGACUCUCGCAUCACAACAACGUCUUGUCAGUGGUCUCUAUGGACCACUGGGGGAGGGAAUACCACGGUGACCAAUCAGAACUCAGCAUCCACAGCAGCCCAGCGUAUCCAGGCUCAGAGUUUACGUCAGGGCGCGGAAGCGCCGGCGACCCGCCGCCAUCUUACGAAGAGGCUGUGGGCCACACGGACGUCCAAAUAGAGACUGAGCCGCCCCCACAGUAUGAGGACAUAGUCAACAGCAGUUCUGUUAGUGUCAGUGGGGGCCAAGGGAAGUGAACGUGUUUUUAACCAGCAGCCUAACAAAAGCCCUAACACACACUAAGACUUAUUGUUUAGCAGUGCUACUGCUGUGGUUUCACCAGCCCCCCCCCUGCAAUCCAACACACACGACAGAAACACUAAUAACUGUUUGGUCAGUGGACUAAUGCAAUCAUCAGUGCUGGAACAGAAGUUGCACUAACCGUUGAAGGAACGAGUGAUGGUGCAAUACCACGCUGCUGCUUCUCCUCACGCUGUGUCACAGCUACAGAUUCACAAACAGGGUUUGUAUCACAGGUGUGAGACCAAUGCUUUAGUGGCGCUCGGUACCGACUGAUGCCAGUUUGAGACCCGAGUGGGCGGCGUCACAUCAUUUGUUUUUCAUCUUUGAAUACGUCCUUGUCAAAAAUACUUCAUCCACAAGUUUGUGGUUGUACAUUUGCCGUGUGUGACUCGAUCAUAAGUGAACAUAAUGCAGACUUUUGAGAAAGGACAUUAUUCACCAGCCGGUCUCUCGUGGUGGGCCGGGAGCCUGCAUGUGGCUCCAAUGAGGGUUUUACCUGUAAACAGUAAACAGAUGUCAAGGCAUAAUAUAUUUUUUUUUAUUUAACCAGGAAGAUCCCACUGAGAUUAAAAACCUCUUUUUCAAGGGAAACCUGGCCAAGAUAGGCAGCAGCAGGUGUCUCCCAGUUACAGAAAUGACUCAGUUAAUAUGCCUUAAACCAUGAGGUGACACGCCAAACCAAAGCAUUGGUCCAUCUUUAGUAAACACAAAGGGUUAAGGGAAGGAGGGCAGUUAUGCGUCAUUACCUGCUUAUAUUUCGGUAACGCCUGUAGUUCAUGCUGUCCUCGUGAGGUUAGAGGUGUCUCCGUACUGUCUAAUUUGAUUUAAUGGUCAGGACUCACUGGCCCAUGAACACUAGUGGGGCCUCUGACAGCUGCUUUAACUGUGGAAUGCCCUCCUUCCCAAACGGACCUCCUGGAUGUGAAGCUGCAGCUGUGCUACAGUUACUGACUUGCACAUAAAUGUGGGGCAGAAAGCAGCAGAGACGGGUUGUCAGGGGAAGCUUCUGUAUUUACAGUCACCGUGGAUAAAGUCUAUGUUUAGCAUGAGUAAUGUAUCUAUGUAACUGUGUAUCUGUGUGCAAACAUUACGGGGAGGCAUUUUUUAAAGCUUAAAGGCCAGUGACUGCACCGGUGCUGAUGUAACCGUAGUACAGUCGGUUGUGAAUAAUGGAGGGGCGAAGCUCAGAAUGAGCUGUUUCAUGGAAAGUAGGACAGUCUGUUUCACGUUUGCUGUGUCACUCAGCAGUAACAAUGACGUUGUAAUCCUCAGAGUGCUCGGUCUAUAUGAAACGCUGCUGCUGCUGCAUACACUCUAAAGCCAAAUAUGUCGUCACUAAUGCUGAUCACUGUCACGCAGCAGAGCACUGAACGUUUGCAGCGUGACCUUUGAGCCUCAGCACUCGCUGCGACACUGAGCUGACUCGUGCUGGUAGAGGUAGCAAUUUUGGUUCGGCCACUUGUUGUACUGUUACUUAACCGAACCCUGUUUUUACAAAGCCUUAUCGAGGAAAAACACGUUACAUAACACUAAAAGUAAGGAGCUUGUUAUAAAUCUUUCACUUGUGCAAAAGCUUGAAUUAAUUUGUAAUAAAAUAUUUAAAACUCGCUGCAUGAA